AACCUAACACAAAAAUACAACUCAUUUAUCAUAGAUAUCCUUUGACAAACUAUACAUUUGGAACAAAAGAGCCACUCUUCGAGAAAGAUCCGUCAGUGCCAGCAAGGUUUCAGCGAAUGAGAGAUGAAUUCGACAAGAUUGGAAUGCGCCGCAGUGUAGAAGGAGUUCUAUUGGUACAUGAACAUGGAUUACCACAUGUCCUCCUUCUACAAUUAGGAACAACAUUCUUCAAGUUACCUGGUGGAGAACUAAAUGCAGGAGAAGACGAGGUAGAGGGCCUAAAACGGCUCCUUACAGAGGUAACAGUUAGCACGACGCCUAAUGCUACCUUAUGAGGUAGCUAGGAGUGACAUUUUGAUAUGUUAGAUUGUAACACUGUUUAUGAACUUAUUAUACCAAUCCUAAAAAUG